CGGGGCGGUUGCGCCGGGCGCUUCAUGAAUGGAGCCACGUGACCCAAAUAUCACGUGACGCGUCCGUGAGCGGCGGCAGCGGCGGCUCGCGGCGUCCCGGUCCCUCCCAGCGCGGCCUCCCCGCCCGGCCUGGCCCCGGCGGCCCCGUGAGGAGCACCUGCUUGACACGGCUGUCGUGUUAUGACGACCCCCAACAAAGGAAACAAGGCCUUGAAGGUGAAGCGGGAGCCAGGUGAGAAUGGGACCAGCUUGACAGAUGAGGAGCUGGUGACCAUGUCUGUGCGGGAGCUGAAUCAGCAUCUGCGGGGCCUGUCGAAGGAGGAGAUCAUCCAGCUGAAGCAGCGCCGGCGCACGCUGAAGAACCGGGGCUACGCGGCCAGCUGCAGAGUCAAGCGUGUUACCCAGAAGGAGGAACUGGAGAAGCAGAAGGCAGAGCUGCAGCAAGAAGUGGAGAAGCUGGCAUCGGAGAACGCCAGCAUGAAAAUGGAACUCGAUGCUCUCCGCUCCAAAUAUGAGGCUCUCCAGAACUUCGCCAGAACCGUGGCCCGGAGCCCUGUGACCCCUGCACGGGGGCCUCUCACCUCCAGUGUGGGUCCCCUCAUCCCUGGCAAGGUCGCUACUACCAGUGUCAUCACGAUAGUGAAAUCCAAAACGGACGCCCGGUCUUAGUGAAGCGAGAGUUGCCUCAGCUUGUCUGUGCAGGGCAGUUAGGCACAAAACCAGCCUGGAACCCCCAAAGCACAAACCCUCCCCAGAUGGGUCCGGGUUCCUUCUACUUGGCCCAGGACUGGCCUGCUGAUCACUCCAGUUUUGUUUUGUUGUGUCCAGAUUGGUAUGAGCAGUGGUGAUGCGUCCCUUGUCCUGUGCAGACAGAGCCUCCCGCCCAGUGAUCUGCAGCCCUCGGGCGCCCUUGGGACAAGCUGCGAGAUCUUGGGUUUGUAGCCAAGGAACGUCUGUGCAGUGUGGCUGAGGGCAGGCGACGGGAGGGCUGGGGAAGGUCUGGAGGGAGGCUUUCUUCCCAGGGCUGGGAACCCUAGUUUUCAGUCACUUCCAAAGGUUUUAUUUCAUUACUCUUCCUGGUGGUGCAUCUCGGUGCCUGACUGCCAGGCGCCUGAACCUGCUGCUUUUGUCUCAUUUGGUACCUGUAGUUGCAGUUGGGGUGUUCUGUGUAAUAGGUUUGUAUUCCUUUCUUGGUGUGCCUCUGUGCCCUGACAGUGGGUUUCCCCUCAGAUGUCCGUGGCGUUAGCUGUGUGAACUAGCAGUGGUGGACAGGAAGAUGCUGCUGUGCCCCUGCCUCUGCCCCAGCGCUGGGCCAGAGCACCCCGAGGAAGGGAAGGUACCAUGUCGACUGCAGGCCGGUUUUGUGCCUAAUGUCUUGCACUGAACAAGACCAAACUCACUAGUUGUUCCCGUGUUUUGAGGGUAUCAAGUGUCUCUAGUGUGAUGGUUUACACAACCAGUUUAUGUGGUUAAAUAGCCCUUUAUUUAAAGAGAGAAACAUCGUUUUAAGAGUUAUUAAAUUAUCUAAGUUUAAAAUUAAAAUCAGACAGAAAAGAGAGCGUAUUUAUAGUCAGCUUUUUUAUCUGAGAGGGCGAGAAUAUUUGACCAUCUGAAUGGGGAAAUAUUCUCGGAGACUUUGCUAGUAAAAAGUUAAUAAAGAAAUAAUUUUAAAGUUUCUCAUGAA